AUGGCUAUGGAUGUACUAACGGUCCAAGCUAGUAACUUAGCUUCGGAAUGUUGUUUUUCUCAUAGUGGUAGGAUAUUAAGUGCUCGAAGGUGUAUGCUAAGCGAUGAAUCGGUGCAAAUGUCGGUGAUGCUAAAGGACUACUAUGAUUCAAUGGAGAGAGUACAAAAUAGCGUGGAUCUUGAAGAAGGGUUAACCCAUAUGGAAACCGAGAUUUUGGUAGAUGAAAUGGAAAAAAGAGGCGCGGAAGUGUCAUCAUACACUAACACCGAUGUUGAUGAAGAUAUUGUCGACACUCAAGAAGCACGCAAUGCAGAUUUAACAAGUACAUCAUCUAACAUCACUCCCGACCAAGAUUACUCCAACCCCAACCAAGAAGUUCUGUAUUCCGACGACAACUACAACUUUUGGAAUUUCCCUCCGGAUAUAACAUUCUGA